AUGAAUUAUAAUGCAUCAUUAUGUGUCAUAACAGGAGAACUACACGUCCCGUUAGAAGUGUGUGGUGCCGUGGUGAAGCGAGAGUUGGACUACUGGCAGGUGAACCAGUACUGUAUCAAAUCGUGUUGCUGGCGACACUACCGUUCCUACAUCGAGAACAAAGCCAUCCUUGACUCCUUCAACCGUAGUCUGGAGAAAGAGCGAGUCCAAAUCAACAUCAAUGAAUACGAAGGAUGGAGGCGGCUUCAGAUGAAAGUUUGGCUUAUUCUGGAACAUCCACGGACGUCACGCAUUGCCAUGGUAUAUGGCGUAGUGUCUCUAUUGUUUGUCGUGGUCUCCAUCCUUGGUUUUUGCCUGGAGUCACUUCCAAUGUUAAAGAAGCCUUUAAAAAACACCACCUUUAACGGAAAUGCUACCGGGGGAUGUGAGGACUCUACUACGCAAGUUAUGACUCAAAACGAGGCUCUCAAUAUCCUUGAUAUUAUAUGUACUGUCUAUUUUACAAUCGAACUAGCAAUCAGAUUCUGCUUUGCCCCAGAGAAAAUGCAAUUUGUUCGCUCUAUGAUGAAUAUCAUCGACCUGUUAGCUUUAGUUCCGUUGUAUAUGCAACUUGUCUUUAAUACAGACACUUUACAAUCGUGUUAUGUGAACGAACGACUCGUGAUUGAAAUCAUGUUCUUAUUAAGAAUUGUAAGAAUGUUUAGAAUAAUGCAUCUCGUGAAACACUACCAAGCGCUGAAGAUAUUGGUGUAUGCUCUCAAGGCCAGUGUCCAGGAGUUGCUCAUGCUGGCUAUAUUCCUCCUCAUCGGCAUGCUUGUAUUUGCAUCCAUGAUUUACUAUGCAGAGCGAAAGAACGCCGUUCAACCAAGCGAUACUUUCAACACCAUCCCAAUGGGAUUCUGGUGGGCACUCAUUACCAUGACUACGGUAGGAUAUGGUGAUAUGUUUCCAACCCAACCAAUCGGGUAUUGUGUAGGGGCCGCUUGCGCUAUCAGUGGAGUAUUGAUGGAAGCACUUACCUUUCCUGUUAUAUCAAACAACUUCACACUCUUUUACACGCAUGUGCGAUCACGUGGGACAAAGGAGGAGGAGCGUGACAGAUACAGAAAUAGCAUGAGCACGUGCGUCAAUAACCCGUUUAGAGAGGAUACAGCAACUGUGAAUUCGGAGGAGGACGGAUACGGGACCAUCUCAUUGUUGGAGGAAAAGAGGAAAUCGUCUGAAUCGGUUAUAGACUCAUAUAUGAACGGUCAUGCAGCACUUAAGCACUUUCCUGGCAGAAAAUCACAAAAAUAUAAGCACUUCAAAAAAAUUCCCGAAGCUACGUCAAUGAACGACAUCAUCAUUCGUAAUUCGGAUUUUGACAUCAGCGGACCAGACAGUGAUAAAGCGAGGUCCGACGAUGGGGUCGCUUAUGCUGGAGAGACUUUAUUGUAAUACCAAUACAUGGUUACACCGUUUUGUUUUUGUUGUUUACCAUCUACUGGCUUCACUAUGAUUCCCUCCAACUCUUUUAAGACCUCUACUAACUUGGUCUUACAGAAAUCUCGCACUACAAAUAACAGGAAUACCAAAAAAUGCAUCCGUUCGUCCGUCCUUCCAUUGUAAUAUCAAUAAUACCAACUAUGGUUAGCAAAAUGAAUGGCGAUAUAUGAUAGGAGUAUAAAUGAUUAUUGGGUGACGGAAUGAUUUAAGAUCCUUUUCUCGUAUAAAUAGAAAAGAAAAAACUGUCUAAAGUGCACAAAAAGUAGAAUGACUAACACGAAACAUCUACAACACAUCACCCUAUUAAUUCAUGAUCUGUUAAGCAUCUAAAUCACCCCUGUCAAUACCCUUCUAAUGGUCUGGGAUGGUAUCUACAUCACUCCUGUCAAUACCCUUCUAAUGGUCUGGGAUGGUAUCUACAUCACUCCUGUCAAUACCCUUCUAAUGGUCUAGGAUGGUUUCUAAAUCACCCCUGUCAAUACCCUUCUAAUGGUCUGGGAUGGUAUCUACAUCACCCCUGUCAAUACCCUUCUAAUGGUCUGGGAUGGUAUCUACAUCACUCCUGUCAAUACCCUUCUAAUAAUCUGGGAUGGUAUCUACAUCACCCCUGUCAAUACCCUUCUAAUGGUCUGGGAAUGUAUCUACAUCACUCCUGUCAAUACCCUUCUAAUGGUCUAGGAUGGUAUCUACAUCACCCCUGUCAAUACCCUUCUAAUGGUCUGGGAUGGUAUCUACAUCACACCUGUCAAUACCCUUCUAAUGGUCUGGGAUGGUAUCUACAUCACCCCUGUCAAUACCCUUCUAAUGGUCUAGUAUGGUAUCUACAUCACCCCUGUCAAUACCCUUGUAAUGGUCUAAGAUGGUAUCUACAUCACCCCUGUCAAUACCCUUCUAAUGGUCUGGAAUUUUUUCUACAUCAUCCCUGUCAAUACUCUCCUAAUGGUCUGGGAUGGUAUCUACAUCACCCCUGUCAAUACCCUUCUAAUGGUCUGGGAUGAUAUCUACAUCACCCCUGUCAAUACCCUUCUAAUGUUCUGGGAUGGUAUCUACAUCUUUUCUGUCAAUACCCUUCUAAUGGUCUGGGAUGGUAUCUACAUCACCCCUGUCAAUACCCUUCUAAUGGUCUGGGAUGGUAUCUACAUCUUUUCUGUCAAUACCCUUCUAAUGGUCUGGGAUGGUAUCUACAUCACCGCUGUCAAUACCCUUCUAAUGAUCUGGGAUGGUAUCUACAUUACCCCUGUCAAUACCCUUCUAAUGGUCUGGAAUUUUUUCUACAUCACCCCUGUCAAUACCCUUCUAAUGGUCUGGGAAUGUAUCUACAUCACCCCUGUCAAUACCCUUCUAAUGGUCUGGGAUGGUAUCUACAUCUUUUCUGUCAAUACCCUUCUAAUGGUCUGGGAUGGUAUCUACAUCACCCCUGUCAAUACCCUUCUAAUGGUCUGGGAUGGUAUCUACAUCACUUCUGUCAAUACCCUUCUAAUGGUCUGGAAUGAUAUCUACAUCACCUCUGUCAAUACCCUUCUAAUGGUCUGGGAUGGUAUCUACAUCACUUCUGUCAAUACCCUUCUAAUGGUCUGGGAUGGUAUCUACAUCACUUCUGUCAAUACCCUUCUAAUGGUCUGGGAUGGUAUCUACAUCACCCCUGUCAAUACCCUUCUAAUGGUCUAGGAUGGUAUCUACAUCACCCCUGUCAAUACCCUUCUAAUGGUCUGGGAUGGUAUCUACGUCAGCCGUGUCAAUAUCCUUCUAAUGGUCUGGGAUGGUUUCUACGUCACCCCUGUCAAUACCCCUCUAAUGGUCUGGAAUGUUAUCUACAUUUCCCCUGUCAAUACCCUUCUAAUGGUCUGGAAUGUUAUCUACAUCACCCUGUCAAUACCCUUCUAAUGGUCUGGGAUGGUAUCUACGUCACCCGUGUCAAUAUCCUUCUAAUGGUCUGGGAUGGUUUCUACGUCACCCCUGUCAAUACCCUUCUAAUGGUCUGGAAUGCUAUCUACAAUUCCCCUGUCAAUACCCUUCUAAUGGUCUGGGAUGGUAUCUACGUCACCCGUGUCAAUAUCUUUCUAAUGGUCUGGGAUGGUUUCUACGUCACCCCUGUCAAUACCCUUCUAAUGGUCUGGGAUGAUAUCUAUAUUUCCCCUGUCAAUACCCUUCUAAUGGUCUAGGAUGGUAUCUACAUCACCCCUGUCAAUACCCUUCUAAUGGUCUGGGAUGGUAUCUACGUCACCCCUGUCAAUACCCUUCUUAUGGUCUGGGAUGGUUUCUACAUCACCCCUGUCAAUACCCUUCUAAUGGUCUGGAAUGAUAUCUACAUCACCCCUGUCAAUACCCUUCUAAUGGUCUGGGAUGGUUUCUACGUCACCCCUGUCAAUACCCUUCUAAUGGUCUGGAAUGAUAUCUACAUCACCCCUGUCAAUACCCUUCUAAUGAUCUGGGAUGGUAUCUACAUCACCCCUGUCAAUACCCUUCUAAUGGUCUGGGAUGGUAUCUACAUCACCGCUGUCAAUACCCUUCUAAUGGUCUGGGAUGAUAUCUACAUCACCCCUGUCAAUACCCUUCUAAUAAUGGUCUGGAAUGAUAUCUAAAUCACUCCUAUUAAUACCCUUCUAAUGAUCUGGAAUGGUUUCUACAUCACCCCUGUCAAUACCCCCUUCUAAUGGUCUGGGAUGGUAUAUACAUCACCUCUGUCAAUACCCUUCUAAUGGUCUGGGAUGAUAUCUACAUCACCCCUGUGAAUACCCUUCUAAUGGUCUGGGAUGAUAUCUACAUCACCCCUGUCAAUACCCUUCUAAUGGUCUGGGAUGGUAUCUACAUCACCCCUGUCAAUACCCUUCUAAUGGUCUGGAAUGAUAUCUACAUCACCCCUGUCAAUACCCUUCUAAUGGUCUGGGAUGGUUUCUACAUCACCCCUGUCAAUACCCUUCUAAUGGUCUGGAAUGAUAUCUACAUCACCCCUGUCAAUACCCUUCUAAUGGUCUGGAAUGAUAUCUACAUCACCCCUGUCAAUACCCUUCUAAUGGUCUGGGAUGGUAAAAAUGUCCAUUAUAUCGCAAUGUUAUCAAAUGCAUACAUAAAAGCCUGCUCGCUCAAUGUGUCUUUAAACGGCUUGUACAUAACUAAUGGCGGCUAAACCUCAAUGUACUGAUGUACUGGUUACCUGUUCUGAUGUACUGGUUACGUGUUCUGAUGUACUGAAAUGUAAGUUUACAUCCAAUGGCAUGUGUUAUCCCCGUAAUAUAUCGAUUUUAUUGUAAAUAGAACAUUGUCCAAUUUCACGUGCGGCCUAUGCAUUUUGAACGUGCUCUAAAGCAAAGUCAGGUAGACGAUCGGGGGAGGAAUGUCACUCCCGCCACGGUGAUAGCUUUGUGUUGAUUCGGAGGACCUGAACUUUACGUUGGAAUUGAGUACAUCGUUGCUUGGAUUGAUUCCUUCUAUCUAGAUGUGUGUAUUUUAGGAUGUUUGCGUCUUACUAAUUGUUGAAAUGGUUUAUCGUGACCCGGAUGUAGUUAUACCUGGGAAAAACGGUACUUUCUGUACAAUGACUGCAUCAACAGUGUUACAUUAUCUAUUGUUUUCGUUUGAAAUCCAUUCAAAUAAACUGUUUUCAGCGAUUUCAAACUUACCCUUAUACUUAAAUAACAAUCGAAUUUUUCAAUACAAUCAUGUACGUGUGUCGUGUUUGUUCAUAUAACGGGUUAAUAGAUAAUGUCAUGUUCGUGUCGUGUACCGCUUUUGUAAAUGUGGUCGUAUACCGCGUUUAUAACUGUGGUCAUGUACCACGUAAUUAAAUGCGGCCGUGUACCACGUUUGUAAAUGCGACCGUGUACCACGUUUGUGAAUGCGGUCACGUACGACGUUUGUAAAUGCAGUUAUGUACCACGUGUGAAUGCGUUCGUUUUUAAUGUGACCGUGUAUCCGAUUGUCACGUGUAAAUCAGAAUAGUGCUUACGCUGCUUCCUGUUUAAACAUUGUUCACACACAAAUGUAGGAUCAUCUUUAUAACGUGUGUUGUGAUGAUUGUAGCCUGAUUCACACACCAUCUAUACCCAUCUUGGUACUGUACACGUUUACUAUGGUAUGGUUGAUGUCGUCUAUAUUAUACACUCUGUAUCCGGUUUGAUACUGUACACGUUUUUAAUAUGAUAAUGAGGAGUAUCGCGUACCUUAUUAAUUUUCUAAAUACAGCUUUGGUCGCCGACAGAACACCUAUUAUAGUGACAAACCUAGAAAUAGGCGGAGUGAUUUAGGCGAUAAACUGUACACGUUUUACUACAAUGGUGAAUUACAUUACUUCACGUUUUCUUUGUCUGCGUUAUAUUAGCACAUUUUGUCGUUAAACUGCACAUUUCUCUGUACAUGGAAAAGGUACGUCAAAGAAAUCAAACCAUACAUGUAGCUAAUUAGAUAUCAGAGAGCAUGAAUGAAGAUGCUAUUGCGAUGCUAUCAUCCAAAGAAAAGACACACAAGUUUAUACCACCUUAGAUAUAAAUUUGAUUUUAAUAAAUAAUUAAAACACCAUAUCACCGAACAUAGUAUUCUAUUCCAUCCCAAUACUUAGUCUACUCUACCAGUAUAGACAAUCAACUUUAAUGAUGUGUCAAAUAUAGUAACCAAGGACGACCAGGACCGGCUGUGUUCCCGUACCCUACAGCGGUCCUAGAAGUCACAUGUUAUACUCGCAUGUAGGAAUAGAAUUGGUAAAAGGAAUAGAACUCCAUUUCACAAUGAAAUGAAUUACUCUUUAUAUUCCAUUUGGAAUUGUUUUCUUUGUUAUCUAUUGGAUCUUUGAAAUAAAAGUUUAGCACCGUACGCUUUCUGUGUGUAGCUGUGUAUUUCUAUAGUAGAUUGUGUCACCAGUUACUGUGACAGGUGUUAUCAAUGAAACAAUGGGUGUUAAUUAUGUGACAUAAUUCAUUGUUUUAACAGUAUCGACGAAUAGACAAUGUGUGAUUUAUGACAUUAUAUUAAUGUUUUUACGAAUACAUGUAUCCAAAUGGCAAACGUAGUUUAUUUCUGUUAUCAAUUAAUACGUAUUUUUUCGUUGAAUAGUGUUGGAAUUUGUACAUCACCUACUGAAGCAGUAGAUAUUUAUCUUCAGAAAUGAUUAUGUAACUACAGAAUUACAUAAGUUGAUUUGGUAAAAUUGUGUGUCCGGCUGUCAGCAGUGUAAUAUAUGUAAUUAAACAUCACAGUUACAUCUCAUGUAAUUCCAGAUUAUAUAUAGUAUGACUAUUAUAUAUAUAUAUGAUGUGUGCAUAAACGUUUACGUGGAAGUGUGAUACAAUACAACGCACAUCAGUACAAAUCGCUGGUUUACUUCUCCAGUCAGUGUGUAAUAUGUGUAAUAGGACAGUGUAGUUCUGGUAUGAGACGUUUCUCAACUCUACAAGUUCUUUAUUACCUUGAGCCGGCUAAACCAUUCGUGUAAGGGUAGAUAAUUCAGUAACACAGAGCCAACACACAACAGUGAGUGGAUAUUGUAGUUAUAUCCCUAUAGCCCUAUUUCAUGACACCAUACCGGUAACAACCAAUACAAUUCGAUUCAUUUAUACAGCUACUAAAUCAACUAUUAAAAAAUACAAAUCCUCCACGUGGAUUAAGUGUUUAGCCUACACAAACAGUGAUAUCUGUUUACCUGUUAUCAAAUUACAUUGCAACUUUUGAAGGUUCUACUCGACUUAUACGAUUACAAACUGUUAAGAUAAGGUUAUAGAUACUGAUUAGUAGACAUUUUAUCGUAGCGUUCAAAUAACCAGAUAAUGAACCAAAGAGAAGAAAAUAAGACAAACUGUGACGAUAGUGAUACAUGUUGUUUACAAAACAAAUAAGCAUUGAAAUAUAAACCUGUGUUCCCUAGUGGAAUACUGAUUUGUUUGUUAUAUUUAGAUAUCAUAUGUACCCUGAUGUAAAAAUGAUUUAUCUGGUGGAAUGAUUUUUCUUUUCUUUUUUUAUGAUUACACAUUUUGCUAUCAUAUCAUUUUGUACCUGUUGCGGACAAAUGUUGAAUUUCACUUUUGUGAAUAAACUUCAA